UAAUAUUGUGUAAUACCAACUGAGACACCACCUGUCCGUGGAUAGAAGUUGGUAUCGAAUUUAUUGGCUAUUGUCAACUCGCUUUCUCUGUCUUCAGUUAUCGGAUUCCAGCAGUUGGGAUGGAUCUGUCUGUGGUGGUUGCAUUCUGCUCUUGUCUAGUGCCUGUUUUGGGAUCAGCUUUUGGCAGGGAAAUGCCCGCUUCUUCAAUGAGGAAUGAUGGAACGGAUGACUAUGACAGCCCUUUUCGUUAUGACUAUGAGUCUCUGCGCAUUGGAGGGCUGGUGUUUGCUGCCACCAUCUGCAUCCUGGGGAUUGUGCUUGUCUUCAGCAAAAAAUGUCAGUGCAAGUCAAACAAGCAAUCAAGGGCAGGCAGUGCUGAUCCAGAGGCUCCAACCCUGAACAGUUAAACACACCAUGUGGACAUACAGGCCCGAGACCUGCUACCCUCCCAAUCCCAGCCCAGACUUUGCUUCCAGGGGGUCACAAGAAGGCUUUGCAUGCAGCACACAGAGGGAGAGACCUUCUUUUACGGAGUGAAACAAGCUCCAGUAAUCACUGCCACAGUCUUGCUGAGUUGCAAUUUCAUUUCCCCCUAUGUAUCACACACAGUUGCAUUUUCAUGUUCCCCUAUGUAUUGCAAACAGUUGUUAGACACACACAGCGAGGCUAUGUGUAUGCAGGACUUCCAACAUAAUCAAAGGCACAGAAAUAUUUUAUGUCAUAGUUUUUUCUCACUGAUGCAUUUUAUCGUUGUGCAUAACGGCAACGACACUGAGACAGACUCAGGGAAGUAUCUGAGGUAAAUUAUCACUGCAGUUGUGGAGUACACCGCCGGUACCAGGACAUCCACAUGCUUUCAGCAGCAUAUUGUUUCUUUUUUUUCUUGAAAAAUGACUUUGCAUAGAUAUGUAGAUUUUGUAUGUUAUGUAAUAAGCUGAAAAUGUUCUCCAUCUAGCCUAGUUGUUUUAUAAACUAAUAAUGAUAUGCUUGUCUUCUGUUCUACACUACCAAAUAAACAAAUGUCGAUGAGGUAA